AAUGCAGAAAACAACAGAAUUACAGAAAAGUGGAGGGAGGAGGAGAAGUGGAAAACCAAGCCAGAAAGGCAGAAACGCCCAAACGAUAGUGAAACCCACAACCCACGUCUGAACUCCUGGGGGGUUUCGUUGCUCCGCCAUUAUUUAAUUUAUUUCUUGCGAUAUUAUAUUGUUUCUUUUUCUGUAAGAAGAAGCGGGGAAUCAACUACCAGAGACACGGGUCGGAGCACAUCCAUCCGUUCAUGUCCGUCCAAUUUCUCUUUCUCCUUUCUUCUUUUUGCUCUCUUCGGGAAGGUGCUACAAACAACAAACUUGCUCUCCUCCUUCUCUUGCAUCACCUUCAGGUAAAGUGAAUUCGUCUUACGUGAACGAUCAAUGCAACUAUAAAGCCCGGGGGAUUAAUUUUGCCCCUUGAAUCCGCUUCUUAGGUCGGAAAAAGCUGGAUCAAUCAGGAGAUAAAAAUACUAGAAUUUGAUUGAAUUUGAAGAGAGCACAUGAAAAGAUUUUCUAAUGGGAGCCCUAAACGUGGAGAAGAAAUGGGUGUUCCCGCUUGUUGUAAGCUCUCUAAUCUUCAUUUUCCUCGUCGCCACCUGCUUCAACAUGGGUCUUAUGUCUUCAGUACACACAAUCAAUUCAAUUUUCUCAAUCCUUCCAAUCCGCGUCUCUGGAAACCAGACGGACCCAGUUUUCAUUGAAUCAAAGGUUCAUCAUAAGCCACCCCCACCGUCUCGCCCCCCUAUCCCUCGUCUGGCUUACCUUGUCUCUGGAUCAAGAGGUGAUCUGGAGAAGCUCUGGAGGACCCUCCACGCACUGUAUCACCCAUGGAACCAUUACAUCGUCCAUUUGGACUUGGAAGCACCAGCUGCAGAAAGAUUGGAGCUUGCUUAUCGCGUAAAAAACAAUACAAUCUUCAGAAAAGUUGGGAAUGUGCGCAUGAUUACCAAAGCGAAUAUGGUUACUUACAGAGGACCGACAAUGGUUGCUAAUACUCUCCAUGCCUGUGCCAUCCUUCUCAGGGAAAGCAAGGAGUGGGAUUGGUUCAUAAACCUCAGUGCUUCGGAUUAUCCACUUGUGACACAGGAUGAUAUUCUUCACGCAUUUUCCACUGUGGACAGAAAUCUGAAUUUCAUAGAACACACAAGUCGAUUGGGGUGGAAGGAGGGACAAAGGGCAAAACCCUUGAUUGUUGAUCCUGGGCUUUACUUGUCAACAAAAUCAGACAUUUUCUGGGUUACUCAACGAAGACAAGUGCCAACAGCAUUCAAGUUAUUCACUGGAUCAGCAUGGAUGGUUCUAUCACGCUCAUUUGUGGAAUACUGCAUAUGGGGCUGGGACAACUUGCCAAGAAUCCUUCUCAUGUACUACACCAACUUCAUCUCUUCUCCUGAAGGAUACUUCCAAACAGUCAUUUGCAAUGCGCCAGAGUUCGCAAAGACCACUGUCAACCAUGAUAUGCAUUACAUAUCAUGGGACAUUCCCCCGAAACAGCAUCCUCACACCCUCAGCGUUAAUGACACAAUGAUGAUGAUUAACAGCAAUGCUCCCUUUGCCAGAAAGUUUAAACGAAAUGACCCUAUCUUGGAUAAGAUUGAUAACGAACUUCUUGGCCGGAAGAAUGGUGGCUUCACACCUGGUGGUUGGUGCUCUGGAAACCCCCCUUGUUCUGAGGUGGGCAACCCAACCAAUGUUAAACCAGGGCGAGGAGCACGCAGGCUUGCAAUGCUCAUAACUAGGCUAGUUUUUUCAUCUAAAUUUUCUCAUAACCAGUGUAAAUAGAGUAAACAGAAGCAAUUUUAGUUGCGGCUGCCCUGAUUCACCAGCCACAAAUUGAAAACUGUAGUCGGUUGAAGAGCUACCAAAAAUAGACAAGCACCCUUAUCUAUCAUGUGGUAAGAAAGUCUGUGAGUAGAUUGAAUCCUUCCACAAUUUGAGGCCUGGUGAACAGUGAUAUUUAUAAAGGGAGAUGGAUCCCGAAAUGCAGGUAUUCACUCUCUCGAUUAAGAAAUGAUUCAGUCAACACUUUAAUGUUCA